GGCUUUUUUACCUUGUGCUUCGCUCACCGACAGGUAAGUUUUUACAGAGGGUUUUUUGGUCUUUUUUUUGUCUUUUUUAGGCAAUCUUUUCCAUUUUUUAGACCUUUACUAGAUACCUCCACUGUUUUGGCGAAUUAUGUCUAGCCAACAUAUUCGUAAACGCUCUCGUUCUCGAGAUUCGUCGCGUCAUUCGUCGCAUGCGAAACGACACAAGUCUUCACGCUCUAGCGACGAGCGUCAGGAGAUGUUCAGUACUAUUUUGGCUAAUCUAAAGGAUUUAAAAUCCGAUAUAAGCUCGUGUAAGGCGAGAAUAUGCGACUUGGAAAACCACAGCUCGUUUAAUGGCGUCUCAGAGCCUCUGCAAGACCAAAGCUUUGAGCGUGACUCUGACACACUCUCCGUUUCGGCGGGAAACGAUUUCGACCGCCCAGACUCGUUACAACAGGAUCAAAUGGCUACUCAGCCACCAAAUUCGGCUAUUCAGCCACCAAAUUUGGCUAUUCAGCCACCAAAUUCGGCUAUUCAGCCACCAAACUCGACUAAUCAGGCAUCAAUACCAACAGCUAUCAGCGCUCAAGCGGAGACCCUCCAGCAACAACCGGAAGCGACAGAGAAUAUUCCAGCCAGUCUUUAUGACCCUGAAGCCUCGGCCACUUCUUGGGCCCCCUCUAGUGAAUUUACUACCUUUUUGGAAAAGAAUUUCCGAAGAAGGCUAUCCUACGACCAAGUAUGUGACAUACUUGACGAACAGGCCGUUCCCGCCGUAGAUGCACUUUUGGCUCCAACUUUAGACCAGUCCAUGUUGCAUCACGUCGCUCCUCAAAACAAAAAAUUCCUUCAGGAGCGAGACAAGGAAUUGGCUAACGUCCAACGAUCUAUGCUUAACGCUACUGGCCCAUUGUGUUCACUGCACGACCAACUCGAACAGGGCGGUAAUCUAGCUCCAUCGGAGCUAAAAAUAAUUUUGGAGCAAACGCUUUGCCUCUUGGGCUCCGCCAAUACACAACUGUCGACUUUACGUCGCAAAAAAAUACUUGCCUCUAUUAACAAAUCGAAAAUCGACCUAGCAAAUCAACCCUUGCCCAAUGCAAGGAAAUCGCUUUUUGGCGAGGAUUUCCCGUCUAUCGCCUCUAAAGAGGCAGAAUUAUCCCGCGGCCUCGCUAAAAAUUUGGCACCAUCAAAGGCGGCUGACAAAAGUAAGCCUCACUACCCAGGGCCGCGUGACUCAAGGUACUCAAACCUCCCAUGGAGCACUUAA